AUGCCUUUUGAAGGAAUCCAGACACGCAGCGGUCGUUCUUUGCGCUCGCCAGAAUCCCUGGACGGACAUCGUCGCGGCCCCUCGCCCAGGAAAAGACCACCGAGGCGACGGGCUGGAAAGGCGCCCAAGGGUGGCCCUGCCAUCGAUCAGCCCUUGAGCGUGCUCACCGAAGGCUACGACGUGCCAGUCAGAGACAUGGAGCUGUGGGCUAACAGACCGGUCGAGGUCCGGAUGCAGGAGGCAGCGAAGAAGAAUGGAUACAUCUCCCGGCCCAUGAACUCGUUCAUGUUGUACCGAUCGGCCUAUGCCGAGAGAGUCAAGAAGUUCUGCAAAGAGAACAACCAUCAAGUUGUUUCGCAGGUCACGGGUGCCAGUUGGCCACUUGAGCCAGACGAGAUUCGGAAAAAGUACGAGAAACUGGCCCUGCUCGAAAGAGACAACCAUCAAGCGGCCCAUCCGGAGUACAAGUUUGCGCCGAACAAAGCCGGAAAGAAGCGAGCCCGAGACGAAGACGAUAGUGACAGUGAUUGCGAAUGGGGAGGCGGCAAACGCAGUCGUACUGGAGGCAGUGUCAGGCGUGACGAUACCCGAAGCAAUACGGCAACGCCCUUUGAGGGCGAUCAUUGGCCGUACGGCUCACCAGGACCAUACGCGCAAUAUGGGUACGCCAACCCCUCGUCCUACGCCUACCAGUAUCCCGACCGACAGAUGCCUGUGUAUCCGGAUCAACGUCCGACGGGCAACCAGUAUUGGCAGGCCCAAGUCCGGCCAUACGCCGCCCCUGGACAGGUCGAGGACGUCCACUUCAGUAAGACGGAGGAUCCAUUCCCACUGCAGGACAAUAUGUUGUCAAUGGUUGGUCUGCCUAAUGCUGAUGGGCAGCAUCUGCUGGGAGACGGGGAUGCGGCAGCUUUCGAUAGCGGUGACGCUAUGCUAGACCCUCGUUUGGGAGGCUUGGAUCCGAAUUAUGCUGUGCAAAGCAUUGAAGGAGCACCGAGAGUAUCUUAUGCUCAGCAGGAGCCCUUCCAUCCCGGCAACGCGACUUUGACGGAUAUGAGAGCAUGGGAUGAAAGGGUAGGCUCGGACUUCGAUCGCGAGUUCCAGCAGUUUAGUACGUAG